AUGUCCAUUCAGACCAGGGGAUUAAAGGAAGAGUACGUUCCAUUGCAUGAAAUCAAGAGACCGAUUCCGCCAGUACUAGACUAUCAAAAGAUCGAUGCUAUGGUUUCCACGUUAAAGGGAAUUCCAAUGAGUUCUGCAACUUGUAAAAUCGAAGACAUAACAGUGGGGGAACUACCUCCAAUUGAUGUUUUCAAAAUUAGACACCAGGGAAGGACACAUUAUUUUGCUUUUGGUGGUUGUCAUAGAUUCCAAGCAUACGAUAGGCUAAGUCAAGAGGAUACUAGCAAAGAGAUGUUAGUCAAGAGUAGAAUAAUACCUGCUACCAAAAAAACGUUGGAGCUAUACUUGGGUUCAUCUGUAGAGGUGAUGUUUGAAGAGAUAGAGAAAGAGAAGAAAUAA